AUGGAGCGUGCGUUGGCACCGCUCUCGUACACCAUCCUUCCACUGGUGCACGAACCAUGGCCUUACGACGAUAGUUCACCUUCGUCAUCCACCACACACUCAUCGACGUAUCCUUCGUCGAUGCUUUUAAGGACUUUGCUCUCAGUGGCAGUCUUACUCAUGAUUGUCGUGACCAUCGUGGGAAACGGGCUCGUCUUUCUGGCUGUUGUUCUGGUACGAAAACUCAAACAACCGGCAAACUUUCUUAUUAUUUCACUAGCGAUCGCCGAUUUCUUUGUCGGUUUACUUGUCAUGCCGUUGGCGUUUAUUGACUUGCUCUUCACCGAAUGGCCAUUGGGAAGGUCCAUGUGCAAGUUGUGGACAACUGCCGACUUAACGCUGUGCACAGCGUCGAUCGUGAGCCUCUGCGCGAUAUCCGUUGAUCGUUACUUGGUUAUCACUCGACCGCUGCGAUACUCGGCAAUAAGAACGACGGCUCGAAUGCUCAUAUAUAUCGCGGUAGUGUGGAUGAUCGCCGCUAUCGUUAGCCUGUCCUCACAUAUUAUCGCGAAUCUUCUAGACAGCGAAAAGCACGAAGAUCGAAUUUGUCAGGUGAUACAGCACUUUGCCUACCAGAUAUAUGCCACGAUCAUCUCUUUCUAUGGUCCGACGAUCAUCAUGCUUAUACUGUAUGUGCAGAUUUGGCGCGCAGCGAAGCGCAUAGCACGCAAAGAUCAUAAUCAGACGAUUGACAUUCGCGUCGGCUUCCACAAGGAUUGCAGUGGUUCUGUGGAUCUGGUUCCAGAAUCGCAGAAAUCGUUGAAUGUUGUGAAAAAUGAGGACCGCGGCUACCUGCAUCGAUCAAGUACACUCUUUCAUGCAGUCAAAGUACCACUGCGAAGCCCAUUACUGUGA